AAAAUUUCUCGACAAAUCCUUUACUUUUUUAAAAGGCCAUAUUCUUUUUGCUGAAUUUUUUGCAUCGUUAAUUUUAUCUUUUUUUCACUCCAAAGUCCAACAUAAAAAAAGCGGGCCCAAACGAACUCACGGACUGGAUGUAAGAUCAGACCUGAAGUUGGCUAAACUGAUUGUGUAAUCGAUUCAAACAUGGCUGCUUCCUUGAUCAGAACGUGUACAAAAUUUAGGUGAUUAUUUUUUUUCUUGAGAAUAUUGUCACACGAUGAUCAAAGCUGUAUCCUCGAGAUUUGCUGUACAUUUAUUGAGGCAGCCACUCCGUGAUAUUGUCAGAGGUGACAAUGUAAGGAAAUACAAUUUACACAGUUUAUUCCUCGCUUGCACGCAAUGCCAGCGUUACCAUACAACCCCACAAUAUUUCAAGAGCAAGCCAAAGAGGCAAGUGAAUGUUUUUACUCAAAUUAAACCAAAGAAAAGUCUGCCAGUUGUGGAUAUAUGGAAAAGAAUGACGGUAUCAGAGCUGGCAACAUCUACUGGAAGAGAUAUAAAUGAUGUCAUAGAUGCAAUUUAUCUGUCUGAUUCACACAACUCACUUGAACGUUAUAAUAAAAAUACUAUCAUAGAGGAUUCAAAUGUAUUGCACAAUGCUGUACGGAAACUCGGGGUAAAAUUUAAAGUGAUUCCUAGACCAGACGACAAAGAAGAGGAGGUUACAAAGGACUGCAACGUUGUUAAGCGGCCUCCACCGGACGAAUCUGUACUGAUAAAACGUCGUCCAGUGGUAACAAUUAUGGGCCAUGUCGAUCAUGGAAAAACUACAUUGCUAGACACAUUACGUAACACAUCAGUUGUGAAAAUGGAGUUUGGUGGUAUCACCCAACAUAUUGGAGCUUUCAAUGUAACAUUGGAAACUGGGGAAACGAUAACAUUUUUGGACACUCCUGGACACGCGGCUUUCAAUAUUAUGCGAAUGAGAGGCGCACAAGUAACUGACAUUAUAGUAUUAGUUGUCGCAGCAGAUGACGGCGUGAUGGAGCAAACCAUAGAAAGUAUACAGAUGGCAAAAGCUGCAAAUGUCCCAGUUAUUGUGGCUAUCAAUAAAAUAGAUAAACCGGAAGCCGACAUCGCGAGAACACAAAAGAUGCUUGCGCAACAAGGGAUUCAAGUAGAGGCAUUGGGCGGGGAUAUUCAGAGUGUUAAUGUAUCAGCAUUGCACGGGACCAACUUAAAUAUCUUGAUAGAAGCUAUAGCGUUACAAGCCGAGCUUGUGGGACUAAAGGGUGACCCGACGGGAUUAGUCGAAGCUGUCGUAAUCGAGUGUUCUACCGAUCGUCAACGCGGCAAAUUAGCAACAGCUUUAAUUCAACGUGGUACAUUGAGGAAGGGCGCAUUUCUUGUAUGCGGGUUAACAUGGGCUAAAGUAAGAGCUAUGUUUGACCAUUCCGGAAAUCCAGUUAUGGAAGCCAAGUUAUCCGAUGCUGUGCAAAUUAUCGGAUGGAAGGAUUUACCCACUGCCGGAGAUGAGAUAUUAGAAGUUGAGAAUGAAAAACAGGUACGCAUGGUAAUGCGAUACAGAGAAGCAGAGAAAGCUGCACAGAUGGCAGAGGAACAUAAAAUUGCAGCGGACAAAAAACAUGAAGAAUAUCUAAAAGAAUACAAAGAACAUCUGGCAAAAAGAAGAGAACUUGGCAGAUACGCGAAGCUAUCAAAACUUGUUAAAAAUGAUAAGCCCGAUGAUGGAAUACCUAAACUUAACGUUGUCAUAAAAGGUGAUGUUGCUGGCUCUGUAGAGGCUAUAUUAGACGUUUUUAAUACAUAUGGGAGUGACGACAAAUGUCAAUUAAGUGUCGUUCACUACGGCGUCGGACCUGUUACGGAGACGGAUUUACAAAUGGCAGACGCAUUUGAUGCCAUUAUAUAUCCUUUUAACAUUGGUGUAACGAAAGACCUGCAACAAGAAGCUAAUAAAAAAAAGAUUUCAAUUCGUCCAUUCAAUGUGAUAUAUAAGCUUAUUGAUGAUGUUAAAAAGGAAUUAAACAAGAAACUUCCAACGGUUGACGCCGAAGAAGUGAUAGGCGAAGCAAAUGUAUUGCAAGAGUUCGAGAUCACAGAUAAAAAAAAGAAAGUAAAGGUUGCGGGCUGCCGAUGCGUUAAAGGCAAUCUCAAGAAGAAUGCGAUGUACCGUUUGAUGCGUGAACAGGAAAUUCUCUAUACUGGGAAGUUGUUGUCAAUGAGACAUAUGAAAAAUGAAACGGAAACGAUUAAGACUGAUGUUGAAUGUGGCUUGAGGUUCGAUGAUCCUACGGUGUCUUUUAAAGCUGGGGACGUUUUAAUUUGUUAUCAGAUGUACCAGAAACCGCAAGUUACUGACUGGGAUCCUGGAUUCUAAAGAAGGUCCAUUAGAUCACCGUGAUAGAAUAUUCAGGAUCGUAUGCGGCACAUUAGGACGCGUAAGUCUCGCGAAAACGACGUUGAAGAUGCUGAUACGCCGUGAGGACGCUGCGCUUCUUUUUCUGAAGGCGACAAGGAGUUGUUUCCUGCGUGGCUACGGUGAUCUUUGUAUCUAACGGCUCGAUAGGAA